AUGGCGACGCGCGGUGCUUCAUGGGUUGGGGCGAUUCGGGUGCGCUAUGUCUCGCCAAUAUUACAAGUUGGUGUCGGUAUCCUCGCGCUCUUGUCAUCGCUCGUCGCGGCCGAUCGACUGUUUCAUUGCUAUACGGCGACGUGGUGGAGGUAUUUUUCGAAGAGGCGGGCUCUCGACCGCUUCAAGUACGUCGAGCUCGAGGGGAGCGACGAGGACCAGUAUCCCAUGGUGGUCAUUCAGCUUCCAAUGUUCAAUGAAACCGACGUUUGCGUACACGCAAUCGAGUGCGCACGUGAGAUGGAAUGGCCCAGAUCGAAAUUACUCAUUCAAAUUUUGGAUGACUCAACCUGCCCAGAGACUCGAGCGACGAUCGAGGAGGCUCUCGAGGUCUGCAAGGAACAGGGAGUUCACACGCAGUAUCGUUGGCGAAGUGACCGAACAGGUUUCAAGGCUGGGGCGAUGCACGAUGCAAUGGACGAUAUCGUCGAAUACGACUAUGUGUGCGUUUUCGACGCCGAUUUCUCUCCAGAUCCUGAUUUUCUAAUGAAGACGGUUCCUUGGAUACACUCCAACAAUCAUGUAGGCUUUGUUCAGGCGCGGUGGACCUAUAUCAAUUCCUCGGAAAACUUGCUCACGCGCGUGCAGAGUAUUUCAUUGAACUACCACAUAAGAUGUGAGCAAUUUGCACGGUUUUCUGCAAAUUUAUUCUUCAAUUUCAACGGAACAGCCGGAAUAUGGCGCCGCACGUGCAUAGUCGACUCGGGGGGAUGGAAUCACCGGACCACAGUUGAGGAUUUAGACUUGUCGCUCAGAGCGCACUUGCGAGGAUGGAAGUUCAUUUUCCUCGACGAUGUGACGUGUCUCAACGAAAUCCCCGCUCAGUAUGACGCGUACCGCAAGCAACAGCACAGAUGGAGUGCGGGUCCGAUGCAACUCUGGAGAAAGGCGAUGGGGAGUAUUUGGGCGUCCAAUGAAAUUCCUCUUGCGAGUAAGCUCUAUCUGAAUGUCUUCUUCUUUGGCACGAGGAUGUUCGCAACGCAUUUGGUUUCCUUCUUCUUCUAUCUUCUUCUCAUUCCUCUCAGCACGCUAUGUCCUGAGGUUGUACUGCCUCUCUGGGCUCUGGUGUACACGCCGAUGCUUGUCACGCUCAGCACGUGCAUCUUCACACCAGGAGGAAUCUAUUACGCCAUUCCUUACGUCUUAUUCGAGAACGCAAUGACCAUCGUUAAGCUAAGUGCCAUGGUGUCAGGCCUCUUUGCCAUGGAGAACGCGAACGAGUGGGUCGUCACCACAAAAGUUGGUAAGUGGGUCGCAAAACGCGUCGAGAAAGCGCGCAAUAUCAAGCUCGUCCAAAAGGUGGCCGCCAAGGUGGCCGCCAAGGCCGCUGCACGGAAGAAACCAUUUCACGCUAAAGAGCUUCUGAUGGGUGCGUUCUUCGCCACGUGCGGGCUUUGGGGAGUGUUCCGUCACGCACUCUUCGGUUUCUGCAUCUUUCUCUUCGCACAGGCCUCCGUCUUUUUCCUCUUCGGCGCGAACGCGGUGGACAACCUCUUUCGCCAGCACCAUCACGAGCACGCGGCGUGA